AUGGCCACCGUCGCCGCCUCGCUCCCGCUCCGGGCCGCCGCCCGCGCGGGCCCGGCGCCGUCCCGCCUGCCCUCCGACGCAGCCUUCUUCCUCGGCCGUCCGUGGCAGCGCGGGCUGGCGGCGAGGGGCCGGCCCCGGGAACCAGUGGGGUGGUUCCGGGCGGAGGCUCUCUCCGGCGGCGGCGGCGGAGGACCGCCGCGGAGGGAGCCCAUGGCGCCUCCUUACAACGUCCUCAUCACCGGUUCCACCAAAGGUAUAGGAUACGCGCUGGCAAGGAAGUUCCUCAAGGCUGGUGACAAUGUUGUAAUAUGCUCAAGAUCAGCUGAAAGGGUAGAAUCUGUAACAAAUGACUUGAAAAAGGAAUUCGGAGAGCAACAUGUGUGGGGGACUGUCUGUGAUGUUAGAGAAGGAAAGGAUGUGAAGGGGCUUGUGGAUUUUGCGCGUGACAAGCUGGAGUAUAUUGAUAUUUGGAUCAACAAUGCCGGAUCAAAUGCAUAUAGUUACAAACCAUUGGUGGAAACCUCUGAUGAGGCUCUAAUUGAGGUGAUCACCACUAACACUCUUGGAUUGAUGCUAUGCUGUCGCGAGGCAAUAAAUAUGAUGUGGAACCAACCUCGAGGUGGUCACAUAUUUAACAUUGAUGGCGCUGGCUCUGAUGGAAGGCCAACCCCAAGGUUUGCCGCUUAUGGUGCAACGAAGAGAAGUGUGGUGCACCUUACAAAGUCUCUACAGGCUGAGUUGCAGAUGAAUGAAGUGAAUAAUGUCGUGGUGCAUAAUUUAUCGCCUGGCAUGGUUACGACUGAUCUUCUUAUGUCUGGUGCUACCACAAAGCAAGCAAAGUUUUUCAUCAAUAUAUUAGCUGAAACUCCUGAUGUGGUUGCGGAUUACCUUGUUCCAAACAUCAGAGAAAUCCCUACCAAGCAAUCCAUGAAGCCGACUUACAUUCGCUUUCUCACAGGCUUGAAAGCCUACUCCAGAAUAUUUUCAAGAAUUGCUUUUGGUGCUCGUAGGAACAAGUAUGUUGCCGAGGAUUAG